GUCUCCUCAAUCUUGACCUCGGCGAGAAACAGGAGGGGGAGAUUAUGCGUUAAUACAUGCAACACGUGUACAUAUAUACGUCAAAGUGGACAGCAUAUAUGAAAUUAUAUUGCAAACGGCGGGCCCAGAAUUAUGGAUCGCGUCCGCGGAGCGGGCUCGUGUAAAGUCGGCCGCGCAUGCGCGCGGCUUCUUCCCCGAGUUAUCCAGGUCAGCUGGGAACGCCGCGACUCCGGCUCCACGUGUUUUCGGGCGGGGAGAGAGACAGAUCGAAAACAAAGCCGCGACAAGCGCCGCGGAGAUCUCCAGAGAUCGCCUUCGGGUAGAAUUAACGUUGUUCCGCGUGGAGGCCGCCACGGCGAUCGGUCGCGAUGGUGCGGAAGCUCAAGUACCACGAGCAGAAGCUGCUGAAGAAGGUGGACUUCCUGUCGUGGCAGGCCGACAACAAUCUCCACGAGGUUAAGGUCCUGAAGCGUUACUGCAUCCAGAGGAGAUCGGACUACACGGUCUACAACAAACUGUCGCGCGACAUACGCGAGCUGGGUAAGAAGAUCAAGGAGCUCGAGCCCGACGAUCCUUUCCGCAUCGAGCAGAGCGCGCUGCUGCUGGAGAAGCUGUACAUGAUGGGCCUGAUCUCGACCAAGUGGGACUUGUCGCAGACCCAGAAGGUGACCGCCAGCUGCUUCUGCAGACGGCGGCUGCCGGUCGUUAUGGUGCGCAGCAAGAUGAGCCAGACGAUAUCGAUGGCGACGAAAUUGAUAGAGCAGGGCCACGUCCGUGUCGGCGUGGAGGUCGUAAAAGACCCCGCGUUCUUGGUGACGAGAAAUUUGGAGGACUUUGUGACGUGGGUGGACACGUCCGCUAUCAAGAAACACGUACUGGAGUACAACAACGAGAGAGACGACUUUGACAUAGUAUAAUCUACAGGUCGACUGCUUUACUCGUAAAAUUGUACGUAUUUUUAUAAAACAAAUAUAUAUUUAUUUGUCUAGCAAUAUAUAUAUGUAUAAAUCUACUAAUAAAAAGAAGGAUCGUAUCGUCAUCCACAUAGUCCAA